AUGGAAAACUCAACCCUAUCUCAGAUCGCCCUUACCUGCAAAGAAGACAUCGCUGGUCUUCUUGCUACGACAGGGAUGGAAGACAGCUCACGUGCAACAGACCUUCUGCGCGAGCAAGAUGUUAUACAGAUACAGGAGCGAUAUGAUCAGUGGGCCGGUAAUCUCGGCGCUCUUCAGCCUUCCAGCUCUGCAUUGUCCCUCGACCACCGCCUUCGGGACAGCUCGCAGGUGCGAAACUUGGUUCUCUCGACGCUUCAGGACCUCCAUGUCUCUAUACAAACCGCCACUGAUAUCGCAGCCGGAAGACGCCCAAAUCGAGCUACUAGUUCGCUAGACAUCGACUCUGACAUUGACCUUUCUGAGUAUCAGGUCUCAUCGAGCGAUUCUGAAACUUCAUCCGCCUCUAGUUCAGGAAACGAGCGAAUCGCAGUGGGGCCGACUUCAGAACUGCAAGAGCUCAUAUCAGCAAUCAAAGGAGGACUUGAUAGCUUGUUCAGAAUCUCCAUCUUUAUCCGAAAGUUUGCAGCACAGGACCGACGUCAACGAGCAUCACGAGCAAAGCCCUUCGACAAUCGUGCAGAUAUUAUGUAUAUCAAAGACCGUUAUCCUGCUUUGGCGGAGAAGAACGAAGGCCUUGCAAUUCGGUUGGGUGAAGCUAACUCUAGACGGCGGCAAUAUUUCAAAUAUCGUAGGGACCACAAUGACCGAUUGUUGACUAUUCGAGAAUGUCAGGAUACCUCAGAAGUAGAUCGCCUGAUAAUAAGGCGAGCUGAUGGCGGCAAUCAGACGACUGCGGAGGCGAAAUCGGUGGUGACAGGACGAACAGCGCCCAGUUUAUUCGCUGACACUGAAGCAACGGCCUUUGUGAAAGGUGACGUGCCAGAAUCCCAAGUGGCGGAGCUUCUCGACGUUCCUGCAGCCAUGUCUGUGGUCUCAUUUGCAACGUCCAUUGCAGAGGCUUCAGAGGAUGAACUGCCAUUCCCUCCACCUCCGCCCGAGGCCGACGGCCGGUCUUCCUUCAUGUGUCCUUACUGCCUCACUGUUGUUCAAAUGAAGGAAAAGGACACAAAACAUCAAUGGAGAAAGCACGUGCUUCAGGACCUGGAGCCUUACAUCUGCACGUUUCCCACCUGCGGCCUAGAAACUUAUCAGUCGCAACACGCCUGGUUUGAACAUGAGCUCAUCGCUCACCGCAAUCGAUGGCUCUGUGCUCAAUGCUCCAAAUGCUUUUCAUCCUCACAACACCUGGAAAAACACAUCAGGGGGUCACAUCAGGAACACAUACCAGACCGACAGGUACCGAUGAUCGUGUCACAGUCCAAACAACAGAUUGAUUCGAUUUCACCGACAGAAUGUCCAUUUUGUGACGACCCGUGGGCGGAAGGCGAUGAAAGUGGCAGUACAGUCUCCGAGGAAGUGCUCGUGGUUGACCUGGACAGUUUUCGGCGACAUGUGGGCCAUCAUCUACAACAAGUAGCGCUCUUUUCUCUCCCGAGAUUAACCCAGGAUCAAGAUGCAGGCUCAGAGGAUGUCGGCGUCCUUCCAGACCGAGAUAAUAUGUCGCAAGGCUACCGAUGGUUGAGAGAAGAUUGUGGUCGUGGCUGGAACAUUAUUUCACGCAAGCGGUCCACUUUUAUUGCCUUCGCUUACUUUCUAGCCCUUUAUCAGAAUCCGACUAGAUGCCCGGGCAAUACGUUGCUCAAUUGGAACCCCGACGAUCUCCUUGAUUCACAGAAGAGAGAGGGCGCCGAUUGGUAUGCCGUGUUUAACCCGGAAGUGCAACGAGUACUUGACAUUGAGCUUGUCCACCAUCUCGUUCACGACAGCGUUGUCUGCUGUGUGAACUUCAGCCGUGAUGGCAAGUACCUCGCAACUGGCUGCGACCGUUCCGCUCAAAUUUUCGACGUCACCACUGGUCAGAACGUUGUAACCCUGCAGGAUGAAACCCUCGACAAGGCCGGCGAUCUCUAUAUCCGCAGCGUUUGCUUCAGUCCCGACGGCAAGUAUCUGGCUACUGGCGCCGAGGAUAAGCAAAUUCGGGUUUGGGAUAUCAGUUCCCGAAGUAUCAAGCACACCUUCACUCAUGAGGAGGCUAUCUACUCCCUGGACUUCGCAGGUAACGGUCGGUACCUUGCCUCCGGUAGUGGAGACAAAACUGUGCGCCUCUGGGAUGUUCGGGAGGGUAAGCUUGUCUACACUCUCAGUAUCGAAGAUGGCAUCACCUCUGUGGCUAUUUCGCCGGACGGUCUCUACAUCGCUGCGAGCUCUUUGGGCAAGAGUAUUCGAAUUUGGGAUACUACCACUGGUUACCUCGUCGAGCUUCUCCAAAACCCCGAUGGCCACAAAGACAGCGUGUACUCCGUCGCUUUUGCACCUAACGGAAAUAACCUCGUUAGUGGUAGUUUUGAUAAGACCAUCAAGCUCUGGGAGCUCGACUUAUCCCGCGCCUACGCCGGUAGCAGCAAGGGCGGCAAGUGUGUGCAGACUUUUGAAGGCCACAAGGACUUCGUGCUUAGUGCUUGCCUGACGCCCGAUGGCCACUGGGUCAUGAGCGGUUCCAAGGAUUAUAGCGUCCAGUUCUGGGACCCGAUCACCGGUAAUGCGCAGAUGAUGCUUCAAGGACACAGGAACUCUGUUGUCUCAGUUGCACCCAGCCCCACUGGCAGCCUGUUCGCCACCGGCAGUGGUGACAUGUGUGCAAGAAUCUGGAGAGACUAUACUAGUGCUGAUGUUCAACCUGUGAAGGAGAAUGAGAAAUACCAGGUGGAUGUGGAAGUGUGGCCGACUAAUACUGUGCUCGAGCCCAAUGAGACUCUGGUUCUAGAGAUUGCAGGCCAUGACACCCAGGGUGUCGGCAAGUUCUCCCACGAGCAUCCAGAUGAUUGGGAUCCAGCAUUCUUUGGCGGCCUCAACCAUAUCGAGGUGGGCCAGAAGUCUGGCUAUCUCUUGCUCCCUCUCAUACCGCCUCAGGAAGCUCUUAAUUGA